GGCUCCUCCUUUAUCCACAAAGCAGAAGUGUGCGAGAUCACUGCCGGGUUUUACACACACAUGGCUGAACCCAAGAAGAAGAGGGUUAAGGGGACCUUGCCCAGCUGCCCUGUGCACCAACAAAACAAAGUUUGCAGGGUGAGGCAGAACUUCUCCCCAGAGCUGGAAGAAAGUCUGUGUGAGGUGAUCAGCUCCCUGCUGCAGCUCUCAUACAAGUUCCAGGCCCUGGCCGAAGUAUUUGAUCAGGACAGUGUGGCUCUUUUCCGUGUCUCGAAGUUCUUCCAUGAACAGUCAAAGAGCGAAGAGGAGGCUGCUCAGUUACUGUUAAAACACAUGGCCAACCGUGGCGGAUUUUACUGCUCAAAAACUAUUCAGAAGCCAAGCUGUGAAUAUGUCCGGGAUUUAUUGACUGCAUUAAAUAUGACGUUGGACCAGUGGAAGAUUAUGCAGGUAUACUUUGAGGAGCUGUACAGUUUAAGCAUGGACUGUUUGGAUCCUCACAGCGCCAGCUUAAUAAAGAAGCAUUUUCUUGAACCAACAAUGAAGAAGGUUAAACUGACGGGAGAUGUCAUUACAAACGCACGCCGGCUCAACUGUACACCGGAUGGUAGGGGUAGUUUUGGUGAAUAUCUUAUUGAGCGGUUACAGGAAGAGCUGACCAAAUGAGGUUGCACAGACAAUGGUUUGUUUAAAAUGAAAGUGAAUUGGUUCCCAAAUUAUUUUUUUUUCAUUUUUUUUUUGUUUUGUUAUAAGGGAGCAUUGAAAGACUUGUUUGGUCUAAAUUUUUAAAUUUUCCUUCCUUUUAUUUAAUAAAUAAAGCCCAAAAUAUUUUGUUGGUUGAGCUUAUAGAACACUAUCAGAACUUCUACUGACUGGAUUCUAUUGAAUAUUGUAAAUGUCCAGAGAGGGACACUGAUAUUUUAAGGGAUGCAGGUGGGGAGUGGCUUUGGGACAUGGCUGUUACGGGACGGUUUUGGCUGAUUGCAUGUCCUGAUGGCCAUAAAAACUGAAAAUGUAAUUUUGAAGAAAGUAUCUUAAUUACACAGACAGAUUUCUUAACACCAUAGCCGCAUGCAGAGCAAUGCAUUAGAGUGUACACCCUGCGAAAAUUACCACCUAAACCAUAUUUUAAAUUACAUUUUUGCUCUUGUGAUAAUCCAGUGUAUAUAGACAUAGUUUUGUGGGUGGUUUUGUACGUGUUUUUUUUUUUUUUUUUCUUGAAAAACAUAACCAGUGAACUUAAACUCAUGCAAAAGUAUUCAAGGAAAUUUAAAAUGGGGGCAAAGAAGAUAAUUUGCCCUCACAUUUUCUGUGACUGGGGACACCCAGAACAUCCUUUUUCCAUGCCUAUACCAAACACACUAUUGUAGUUUAAAGACCCAUUACUGUGAAUAUUAUUGCUGUGGAGCUCUGUUAUACACUCAGGCACACCAACCAUAUGGAGUUACUAGAAAAGAGGGAUAUUCGGAUAGAAACAUCAGAGGAAUAUAGGCCAAAAAUAGGGACUGCCCCUGUGAAAUAAGGACACUUGGAAAGUAUGAGACUGAAUGCAAUAUUCUGGAUUUGACCCUCUUUUUAAUGUAUUAUAUAUAUGUUCUUCAGCUAUUUCCAUGCACCUUGGAUUGAACAAUAUUUAAAAAUUGACCGUCUCUAUGGUCUUCCCUGCUUCUGUACAGGCAGGGAGUGACGCAGGAAAGGUCAUAGAGACAUUUCAAACACGAUGCGACCUCGUGUCCUUGGUUGCUGUCAUCCAAGUCGCCCUUCCUAUUGUGUUUUUACAUAAGCUCUCUCGAGCAGGGUCCUCAUCAACCUAUUGUUCCAAUAACAUUUUGUAAUUCUCAUUUAUUAUUAAUUUCCCUCUUUAUAAUAUUGUAAAAGCACAGCGGAAUAAGUUGAUGCUACAUAAAUGCCAAUAAUAAUAUGUGUUGGUUAAACGGUAUUUGUCUGACGGUGUUCUAAAUUCCAUGUAGGGAAUCAAAGAUCAAGAGUUCGAAAGAAAUUAGGCUUUUAACUGCAAACAGAGACGGUAUCUCUCAUUGGCUAUCAUACCUGUCUUUAUUUGCAGUUUAAGGCCUAAUUUCUUUCGAACUCUUAAUCCUAGUGUCGGACAUGUGUGUUGCAUACAUAUCAUUUUGUAUAAGGUAUUUUUGUUUGUGUGUAUUUUGUUUUAUACUGUCUACAAUCAUUUCCAUAUUGUGUUCUUCGGAGCUGCAGUUUUUUUACAGUUUAUAAUACUGUUUGGAAGAACACACUUUUUGAAA